AUGACAUCCCCGGGCUCAGAGCCAUACAUUGUACAAUGGCUGCUCGAUACAAGACUCCUGUGGCCUGUUCAUCGCAAAGAUAAGCCCAGAGAGGAGGUCGCAGAACUGAGGACUGCUGCUUCUCGUGCUUUGGCUCUACUCUCUGAAUCCGAGCAAGAAUCAGUCCUUAAAUAUUAUCACGUCAAAGAUGCAAAAAUGAGCCUAGCAUCCCAUCUCCUCAAGCACCUUGUUAUUGCAAAACAUUGCAAUGUACCUUGGUCGAAGACUACAAUUUCGCGCGAAUCAAAUGGAAAGCCUUGUUAUACUUCGUUCGCAGAUCAACCUCGAAUCCAAUUCAAUGUAAGUCAUCAGGCCGGACUUGUAACAUUAAUAGCUGUGAUUGGGGGCGAUGGAACAAUAAAUGUGGGAACGGAUAUCGUGUGCGCCAACGAACGAAUAUCGCAUGACUAUAAAUAUAUAGAGAAGAGCGGGUUCUUUGAAUGGAUUGAUAUGCACGGAGAAGUGUUCGCAGAUUCGGAGGUCAAUCAUAUGAAGCUUUCAACACUUGGACUCGACGAAGUUGCGCCCGGUAAAAAGCUCCAUGGAUAUGGCAACGAUGCGCUCUCUAGAUGCCAAUGGAGAAACAGACAGUUGGAUCUGGUCAUUACAGACAGUGAGGGGAAGACUGAACAAUUGAGGAUUGACAGUAACAAGGUCGUCGAUGCGAAGAUCAGACGGUUCUAUGCCAUGUGGUGUUUGCGAGAGACCUAUGUCAAAAUGACUGGAGAAGCUUUGCUUGCGCCAUGGCUUAAAGACUUGGAGAUUUGCGAUGCUCGAAGUCCAACUGCGUCUGAGGUACAUGAUCUGAAUUCUCUCGAGAACGGGGAGACAAUUGACAAUUAUCGCAUUGUAUUCACGGGCCGCGAAGUUACAAACGUGCAUAUGGAAUUGGUUGCAUUAGGUCCGCAUUAUAUGGUGGGUGCUGCUGUUAGGGUGACCGAGAACGAUAAGAAGUUAGGAUUGGGCCCGUGGAAAGAGCUUGAUCUUGAAAAAGAUGUGCUGGAGAUUGCGGAGUCUAAUUCCUAAACGGUCUUGUCCGCCCCAUGUACCACGACAUCUUGAUUCGGACCACGCCAACAAUUUUUGUGACAAUUUUGAUGGGGGUUUUAAUCCAUGAACCAACCUACUGCCAGGAUUGGAAGCGGCGUAUCAUUUUCAUGCAUUCGAUUUUGGCAGUCGAAGUCCACGACCAUUGGGAGCAAAAUUUCAUACACGCGUCUUCUUCUUCUUUUUGCUUGUCGAAUAACCAUUCAAGGACUGUCCCCGAUCUCUCCCGUUCAAAUUUUCUAUAGAAACUUUCGGUGGUAGAUUAUUCUAUUCAUGAUUCGUGUGUGUGCGUCACUCAAGCCUAUUGUUAAUAUUCAAGUCAAUAAGGUGUGGAGUGAGCGACGGUCGUCUGUCCCAGGAUAACUAUGUCAACUCCUAACUUCUUAUAUAAACAACAAAUCCACACACAUAA